UCUUGAAAAUUACCGGCAGUCAUUGCGAGAGUUUUGUGAUGAGGGGAUUGUCGCCCAAGGAGGGCAAAUUUUAAGAACGUUCACUUGAGCCGAGAAUGCCGGUGAAAGUUGACGUAGUACCACCACCGCCCGCAAACUCAAAGCAGCCGGGUGUCACAAAAUCUUUGCUCUACAACGGUUCGCGAUUUCAGGGUUCUCAAAAGUCUAAAGGCAACAGUUACGACGUAGAAGUAGUUUUGCAGCACGUAGAUGAAGAAAAUAGCUAUUUAUGUGGCUAUUUAAAAAUUAAAGGUCUCACAGAAGAGUUUCCCACUUUAACUACAUUUUUUGAUGGUGAAAUUAUAUCAAAGAAAUAUCCAUUUUUAACUCGUAAAUGGGAUGCAGAUGAAGAUGUUGAUAGGAAACAUUGGAGCAAAUUUGAAUCAUUUCGUCAAUAUGCCAAGACAUUUAAUUCAGACACAUUUGAUUAUGAGGCUUUGAAAGGAACUGACUUUGUUUUUAUGAGGUGGAAGGAACAUUUUUUGGUCCCUGACCAUACUAUUAAAGAUAUCAACGGUGCCUCAUUUGCAGGAUUUUACUAUAUUUGCUUCCAAAAAUCUGCUGCUACAAUUGAAGGCUUUUAUUAUCAUCGCAGUUCUGAGUGGUAUCAAUCUUUAAAUUUAAAACACGUCCCAGAACAUAGCAUACAAAUCUACGAGUUCAGGUGAAAUCAAUGACUUUCACUCAGUUAUCUUUCGAAAUUCAUAUUUUGCCUGUUCUAGCAUACAGAUCUCAUAAAAAUCAAUUUUUCAAGUAGUUUCAAUCAAUUUAAAUAACCAACAAUUUUUAAAUUGUUUAUGUUGGUACUUGAAAAGGUACUUGAAAGAAUAUAUAUUAUCUAUCUUAAUAAAAUAUUUCUUAGAUUUUUUAAAAAUAGUCAUACUGAUGUAUAUGAUAUAUAUUAUAUAUUUACUUUAUGUAAACAUUAGAUUUUCAUAAAAGAAAAGUCAUAAUUGAAAAAGUGACGAGAAUUGCAGUCAUUGAUACGCUUGAUUAUAAAUUAGUUAUUAAUAUUCAUUGUAAGAUGUUUUAUCGAAAUAAAUUAAUUGAUGUUUUUUGUCAAUUAAAAUGUUGUUAAUUAUUUGGUAUGUUUAUCUAUUAUAAGACUGUAAUAUUGUUUAUUAGCAUUAUAUAUAAUCAAAUUUACCCUGUUGUAUAAAUACGAUAUCUGUUUUUUAUCUAAGUAUAAUGAAUAAUGCAUCUGUAUUGUUAAAAAUCUCAUUUUACUCAGAUUCAAAAAUCUGAAAAAAUUUAGUAGCAUUAAAAAUAAAUUUAAUUAUUUUUGAGUUAUUAUGUCAUAUAUAUAGGUAUUAUGUCAUAAAAUGACUGCAUAGAUUUGUGAAAAUUUAAAAUUAUUUUUUAAAUGUUAUUCAUUUAAAUAUUUAUGAGAUCUGUUUGUCUAAGGUAAAUUAAAGAAUGAUUACAACUGAACGAACGUGAAUGUAGUAGAAAAGAAAUCAAACUGGAAAUGAAAGUAAUUUUAAUAUUAACUUAAGAUGUCGAAAUUUCAUGCUGAUACUAUUCUCUUAUAUCAGUAUGAUACAGAUUAAAUAAAUAAUAAACUCAGAUUACUAAUCACUUCACUUAAGGAGAAUUUUAUUAGGAAAGAUUUUUUUAUUAUUUUUUACAAAUCGGUUGAUUUACUUGUUAAUUGUGUGUACUAAAGCCAAUUAAUAAAUUCAUGAUCACAGAAA